GCUCCCAAGAAACAAAACAGAUCUCUAAAACAGAUCCGGAAACUCACAGUGUCACAGUUGGAAGAAACAGAGAUAAAUGUCAGUGCAUCUGAUCUGACACGAUCAACACUUAUGGAGCUGAAUGUUUCAGAAUCCGGAGAUGUGACUUCCUCCUCUGUCUCUGUCAUUGUGGUUCAGGAGGCUAUCCUACCCAGCUAUUCCUGUAAAAAGGGAAAGCCUUCUACUGACUACAGCAUGUCCUCUGCAUCAUCCAACAACAACUCGAUCCUGUCUUAUCUUCCAGCGUUUCCUGAAGGAACAGCUUGGCAAUUCCAGAGUGAUUGUGUACCUGUUUCCUCCCCAAAGGAAACAUCUAUGCCCAGGAGCCAUGGCUCAUCCCUGCCUACUUCUUAGCUGACAGAUCCUGAGAAAUCAGGUCUUUCUCUGAAUUUGGCAGUUCUUCCUCCCUUCCUUCCCCUCCAGCUCUCUCCUUUGAUCAGAGGAGAACUGGAAACACAUAUGUGUCAGAAGGUUUCUACUUUGCAGCAAGAAGUGGUGACUCUGCCUGUGAAAAAUCCUGGGACAUACUCAAUCAUUUGAUGGAUGUACAAGGAGUCCCUGAAGAAGAGCUCCCAAAAACUCAGUUAGCUACACCCAUUCCUCAGAGUGCUGAGCAAAAUACCAGCACAGCUCCAGAUCCUCCAUCAUUGCAUCUUCACAUGAACAUUGGGGUGAAUUCUGAAGUCCAUAGGAUGGAGGCAGUCAUGUCACAACCAUUUCCUUCAAACAGGGAUGAGCACCAAGAACUUAGAUAUAAUCCUUUAGUUAUAUCAAUGGGCCCUCCAUCUCCCAGAAAUUUUGGGGUUAACAUAAUUCAGGAAGAAAAGGCUUUAGUGAAAAAGGAUUCAAAGCACAUGUCAGAGCUGAAUAUAGAGCAGAGGGUCAUACAAACAAAGAUACAGAUACGUAUGGCACAACUAAUCCCAGAAUCAGGGUCAGAGGUGAUAGACUCUGAGGGGUUUUCCCCACAGCUGUCAGAUCAAGCAGAAACCGUGAGUAUAACUCCUCAGCCACUGAAUCAAGUAAUUGAACCAAUAAACCCGUCCUCAGCAUCAACCAUGGAAUUAAAGAGCAUGGCCUCAAGACUGAGUCAAGUCACAGAUAACCAGGAGGUAACUCCUGUGGCAUUGUUUCAUGCCAUGGAUUCCAUGGGGAUGAUUGACAAAUUAAGUCCACAUGUCAUAGAACUAAUAGGAAUAGCCCCAAAGGCACAAUGCCAAGUCAUGGAAUCAGUGAAGACAGACAACACUGCAUACCUAUCAAACCAUAAGACCAGGGAGUAUGAGUGUAGGGCCAAAGCAGACAGUUGUGGAAGCUGUGGAAAUGAUUCCCCAGCCUCGGCAUGGAGACAUGGGAACACUGACCAUGACCUUGGCGUCACAGAAUCAAGCCACAAAACACAUCAGGAUUUCUUCCAGUACAGUACAUCAAAAUGCAAUGGUAAUUAGCUCAAGUGCACUGCCUGAAGCCAUUGAAGAUACAGAAGCCAUGGAUUUCAUGCAGGUAACUCCACUAAGGACAGCUACACGUUACAAAAUCUAGGGCUUUGAUCUGAGGCUCACAGCCUCCAGCUGAAAAUUUGACCCCAGUGUCAGCUCUACCAGAUGUUCCAACAUCUACUGUCCCAGUAGGAACUGUAGAAUCUAGAAGCAUACCUCCACAGCCACCAUCUAAAGUCCUGGAACCAUCAGGAAUGACUGAUGAGCUACUACUGCAAUGUCAAUCCCUGCAUGCUCUAAAGGUGAGCCAGCUAGUCCAGGCAUCUCCCACGGGAAUGAUCACACCACUACAGGUUGUAGAGCCUCAAGACAAAGAGUCUCUGCAAUUGCCUUCUGGGUUACAGGGUCAGGUUGGAGACUCUGUGUGGACUAUGCCACAACCUCAAGGCACAGAGUGUGAGUCAUUUACUCCAGGACUGUCUCAUCAGUUCACAGACCCUUCGGAGUUCACCCCAUGGCACCAAGGCUUAAAAUGUAUGGAGGUAAGCCCAAGACAAAGUCAAAACAUGACAGAAACUGUGGGGUUGAACUGGCCACAAGUGAAGGAUCCUGUAGAGACGCCACAGACACAUCAUCAAAUAAUGGAAUCCACAAGAAUGAUCCCAGCAGCACCAUUCCCAGUACAGGACCUAUAGGAAGGGGCCAAAAAGCAUCAAGUUUCAGAUGCUGAAUUAGUGCCAGUCAUACCACUGCUUCAGGAAAUGGAAUAUUUGGGGGGGGGAGCACAAUCCCACAGCCUAAGGUUAUAGAUUUCAUGGACUUACCCCCAGCACUACAGAAUGUAAAAUCUCAGCACCUAAUCCCAGAUCCAAGAUUGCAAAGUAUGAAAUCUCAACAGUGGUAUGUAUAGAUGUGGCCCUAGAACUACAUCAGCAGAAUAUGCAAUAUAAGGAAUUAACCCCCACACUAUAACUGCAAAGAGAGACAUCUGUGCCAUCAGCCCCUGAGUCUCGGUUUUGAGAUGUGAAAUCUGGUCAACUGACAGUUGAGCCACAAUCCCAAAACAAAAAGUCUGCACGGUUGGCCCCAGGUCCACAGUUGCAAAGUAACAAAUCAGUGCAUUUGAUCCCCGAUUCUCAGUCUCAAGGUAUGGAAGAAGCUCUUUCAGCCCUAUCACAGGAGUUACAAGGAGAUAUAAAAAUGGUGGAGUUGACUCUAAGACCAUCACUUGAAGAUAUGAAAUCUGUGAAUGUGACCCCAGAAUCAUGUUCACAAAGCACCGGCUCUGGUAAGAUAGAGCCUGUACCAUUGCUUAAGAAUACAAAGACUCUAUUGGUAGAAGGUAGGAGUCUAAUUCCUGAGGCACUGGUGGAGAUUAUGGAAGUUGGUGAACUGAUGCCAAGCACACACUUUAAUGCAACAAAAUCUUUAGAAGUGAGUCCCAGACCAAGUUAUAAUUUAAGUCCUUUGAGUUGAUGCCUGGAUCAGAAUCUCAAUGUCCAAAAUCUGUUCUGUUGAACUGUGGACCAUCUUUUCAAGAUGUGAUGUCAUCUCUCUUAAAGGUAGGGGUGGAGUUUCAAGAGAUCCCAUUUUUGAAGAACCAACUUUGUAUGUAGCAGCAAACCACACAACCAAUGUUUUCUUUGAGGCUUCCAACAAAUGGUGUGAAAUCUGUGGGAGUUUCACCAACCCCAGUGCCUGAAGAUAGAAUGUCUCCAGACAUGAGCAAACAGCCAUUGCUUUGUUUUCCAAAUUCUGUGAAACUGACACCUGGCUGCAGUCUGCAGGACUUUAAGAAGUGAGGAAUUUUCACCUGAACCUUGUUUUGAAAAUGUUACAUCUGUGAAGUUGAAGCCAGGGUCACCGACUCAAAGUGUGAUUUCUCUAGUGUUCACUCCUUGCCACUGUUCUCAAUGUGCUAAGUGUUGCUUUGCACCAGAGCCAUGUUUUCAAGAUGUGAAGCCUGUGCCACUGAGGCUCUGCUCCCAACAGCCAAGCGUGGGUCGCCAACAGUUUCCUUUAAAUGACAAACUAAUGGUACCAACAGCAGAGUCCACUGGGGAGUUCUUAGCAGGACCAGCACUGACUAGUGUCAAAUUUUCAAAUUUGAUUCCAGAAUCAUAGCAACAAUGUAUGAAACCGACAGAAUUUACUUCAGAGCCAUAGUGACAAAGUGUAAAACAUGUGACAUUGUCAUCAGUGUCUCUGCUGCAAACUGGAACCUCGGUGGGGUUAUCACCAAGACCAUUCCUUCAAAAUGUGACAUCUGAGAACCAAAAUCCCCAAACACGUGAUCAAAUUAUAGAAUCCUCUCAAGUGAUAUAUAGAAGAGGGCACUAGUUGGCAUACUAUACUGAGAAGAUGAGGCGCCAAUUCUCUAAAUUGGUGGAUUUUAUUUCACUACCAGAUCAUCAAGAUGCAGGAUCUUCAGAAAUGACAAAAGGGUUGGGAUAUAAAAGCCUAGAAACAAUAAAGGAAUCUAUGAAGUUGACACCUAAACCAACAGAUAAAGUCAUAGAAUCAUUAGUGAUGCCUCAGCAGCUCAAUCUUCAAGAACCAGAAUCUGUUGAUCUGACUCCCACACUAAGUGAUCCAGAUUUGAUGUCCUUAGAAUUAACCCCACAGAAAAGCUUCCAGAGCCCAGAAACUCUGGAGUUGCUUUCUUGUUUGUGGCCUCAAUUUAAAGAUUACAAGGAGUUGCCAACAGAACAAGCCACAGAAUCUAAUAGACUGACCUUGACCUCAAGAAUCAUGUUGCAGAAGGAAGGAUGCUAACUUGUGAGGUAAGACCAGGGAAAGAAUUUCUUAGCGUGACUUCAAAGCCAAUAAAUAGACUGGAUGUGUUGAAAAAUCUCUAAGACUAUGUCCUCGUGACUUAGGACCUGGUGUGGUGAGCUCUGAGAAAAGAUCUCAAAGGGAACAACAAUCUCUAGCAUGGCCACCAAGCCCAUCCUAUCAUGUUCCAGAUUCUGUUUCAGGGAUAACCUCAGGACAGGGACCUCAGAUUUCUGUAAGUUGAACCUCUAAGUCAUGGCUGCAAAUAGAAGAAUCCUUAGAGUUGUUAACCCAGCAAGCCAGUCAAGUUGUGGGAGAUAUAGACUCUGAGGAGCUCACUUUUGAGUCAUGGCAGCCAGGGGAGGUAGCAGGUAGGCUAACAAAGCCCCAGGAUGUAAGCAUGGGAACUUCAAACAUAACUCCAAUAAAAUCACUGGAUGAAAUUAUAAACUUUGCAAUGGUCAGUCCAAAGUCCCUAGGUCAAGUGACAGAAUCCACAAAGACAUGGCUGAUCUCCCCAGUGUUUCCAAAUCUGUGGAAGUUAUCUCGGGACCGCCACUAAAAGUUAUACUUUGUAGUGAUACCGAAGCCAACCUCUCAAGGGACAAAGCAUGCUGAUUUGACUCCCAAACUGCAUGGAGUAAUAUUGGCAGAACUUGCUUCAAGUCUUUGGCUACAAAAUGUGACAGAACCCUUAGACCUCUCUCUGAGAGGAGUCAAGGCAGUCCCUCCCGAAGACAGAAUAGUAGUCCUUAUGUGAGAACCCUUCAAAUUCUCUCUGACCUGAACCAUUCCAAUCUCUCUAAGGGGAGAGGUCUCCGCCCCUCAUGGAGGAGCUGACCCAUCCAAGGGAGACACCCUUAAGGAGGUCUCUUAGUUCUGGAGAGAGGAGAGGACACAGUCCUUCCACAAAGGGUCGACUCAGUUUUUCUGGGAGGAGCCAACACAGACCCUCAAAAAGGAGCCAUCUCAGUUCCAUCCAGAGGUAUUGGGGCAGUCCUUCAGAAAGGAGCCAUGGUAGUCUCUCUGAGAGAACCCCUUUUAGUCCCUCUGGCAGGAAAAGACAUAGUUCUUUUGGAAGACAUAGCUUGUCUAUAAAGAUUUCAAGACUUACAAACUCCUAGGGAAUUAUGCCUCCUAGGAACCACACCAAAAAAUCCAAAAGUUGGACAAGUUUGAAGACAUGAAGUGAGUAGAUAAGGAGAGACCUGCAAUGUUAGUAAUAUCCUGCAAAUCUUGACCCAGUUGCUGCCGCUUCCUGCUCAGCCACUGCCUGCAACAUCAGCAGUGAAAGAGCAAUCUGGAGGGGAGUGAGAAUGGGUCUCUAAUUUAAGAUCAAUAAAGGGCCAAUAAUCGAACUAUA